UUGGGGGAGAACAGGCUGUGGAGCCGGGGCGCAGGCGGGAGUGGGGGGGCUGCCAUGCGGUGCUCGCUGCGGGUGUGGGUGCUGCUGGGAUCACUGGCCCUCCUCUUCCUCACCUCGCUGUUCUUCUCCCUCUCCCUGCGUGGCGGUGCUGGGUUGCCAUACCUGGACCCCCCGAGCUGGGAGGAGUCACGCAGGGUCAAGCUCGUUCCCAGCUACACCGGCUCUCACCGGAUUGCUCCACCGGGGGGCACCCAGCCCAAAACCUGUGCUUGCCCGCGCUGCGUGGGCGACCCGGGCGUGUCCGAAUGGUUUGAUGAGAACUACGACCCCGACAUCUCACCUGUGUGGACCCGGGACAAUAUCCAGCUCCCUUCUGAUGUUUACUACUGGUGGGUGAUGCUGCAGCCUCAGUUCAAGCCCCACAGCAUACAGCAGGUGCUGAGCCGCCUCUUCCAGGUCAUCCCUGGCCACUCCCCCUACGGCUCGUGGGACCCCGCCCGCUGCCAGCGCUGUGCUGUGGUGGGAAACUCGGGAAACCUGCGGGGGGCGGGCUACGGCCGGCUGAUCGACGGCCACAGUUUCAUCAUGAGGAUCAACCUGGCUCCCACCGUGGGGUACGAGGACGACGCCGGCAGCCGCACCACCCACCACUUCAUGUACCCCGAGAGCGCCAAGAACCUGGCUGCCAACGUCAGCUUCGUACUCGUGCCCUUCAAGACCCUGGACCUGCUGUGGAUCACCAGCGCCCUGUCCACCGGCCAGAUACGCUUCACAUACGCUCCAGUGAAGCAGUUCCUGCGUGUGGACAAGGAUAAGGUCCAGAUCUACAACCCCGCGUUCUUCAAGUACAUCCAUGACCGCUGGACCCAGCAUCACGGCCGCUACCCCUCCACCGGCAUGCUGGUGCUAUUCUUCGCUCUGCACGUGUGUGACGAGGUGAAUGUAUUUGGAUUUGGGGCGGACAGCCGGGGGAAUUGGCACCACUACUGGGAGCAGAACCGGUACUCUGGCGAGUUCCGCAAGACGGGUGUCCACGACGCCGACUUCGAGGCCCAGAUCAUAGACUCACUGGCCAAGGCUGGCAAGAUCACAGUGUUCCCUGGGAAGUGAGGCAGGAAGAAAGGGCAGAAAACUACACUACCCAGCAGCACCCAGGCUCUGCUUGUGCAUUCAUGUGUAUGUGCUGUUGGUGAACAGGAUCCUCAAAUGCUGAACCAGGAUCAGAUAAUCACAACCCAAAUCUUAACCCCCAGACAUUUUGUGCAACAGAUUGAAACUGGUUCGGGAUCAGUGCUUGGGGCAUUACCAACCCAAAUACUCACCGAGCCUCUUAUCUCUUCAGAGCUCUUCUGUGGGGGUGUUUGGGACAUUCUACCUCCUGCAGUUAUGAUCAAGAUUUUUGCUGGUGUGUCGGUAGCACCCCCUGCAGGCUGACAGUCCUCCCUGCAGAAUCUGGACCCUAACCAUCGGGAGAUUCUCUCCAGGGAACAGGACAGGAUGGCCAUUUGCCAACCAAAUCUACAGCCCACCCACCUUUGCUCCUUUACAGCCAAUGAACAGUCAGCUAACCCAGGGGAGCGUGACCAACUGCGGGGAUGUGGUGCUGAGUGCAGGACUCCGCCCCUCCCAUGUGACAGGGUGAUGUGGACUGGUCCAGGCUGUCCCGCUACACUGCAGCUGCUGUUCCUGCACCUCACAGGGACUGACAGUAGGGGGAGCCAGAGAAUUUAGUUUACACACGCUAUGACUGAAGGACUCUGCAUCUGUCUUCUUCCCUCAGUCCACCACGUGAUGCUGAGCUCUGAGCCCUACGGCAGCCUCCAUUCCUGUUUAAUCGGGUUUGUUUCAAAUCCAUCACGUGCCACACCUCUCCACUAGAGGUCAGAGGUCUUGUGACUGAUAGCCCUGCUGAGUGGAUGGCAGCCUCACCUGCCUGAGCCACAGUAGCCCUGCCUCCUUACAGGUCACAUGGGGAAAGGUGAGGAUGUCAGUCCCUGAUUGGCUGCAGUAUCUGAUCCAUUAUUCUCGCACAUAGCUGGAAGAACAAGUAAUCACUACUGUGGUGAGCACUGAUACCAGAAUUUACAGACACACACACACAUUCACACACACUCACACACAGCCUUACAGGCACAUAUUCACAGACAUGAUGAGACAUUACUGUUUCACGGUUUCCAACACACACACUUCUCAGUGUAGAUGUACUGUAUGAGUCUAGAAGGUCUGUGAAGUUCUACAGGUUCCAAAUGUGUGAAGUAAUUUUCCUUGAUGACAUAAAAUCGCAUAUGAAGCUCUGCCAUUUCUGCCAUCUUUACCCCUCAGAGUGUACUGAGGAUCGCAGACAGCAUCGAGCACACACACUGACCAUGGACUGGGCUGCACUCAGAUCAGUGUUAUCCUCCUGUUGGCCAGCAGAGGGCGCUGCAGCUGCAGAACUCCAGCUGAGUGCAUGCGUGUUUACUGCAGUGCUUUGUAAAGGCUGAUGCAGAUCAGGCCUGAUGCUUUAUGCCACGGCAGGUCACAGUGAGGCAGAGAGUCAGUGCUGGUGAAAUCGCACCACUGUGCACACCUCCCCCCUCCCCUCGCAGCUCUGCCACUCUCUCUCGCUGCCACCUGUCCCGGCUCAUCCAUGGUCAGAGGCAUCAGGGCAAGGCUGCUCACUCCAGUGUCUCUGUAACUUUGUAGGGAAGGAAGAAUGGGCAGAAAGGCAGCUUGCAGUUUACAUUUCGUUCGAGUAUGAAUGUAUGCAGUCAGCUGUGUGUGUUAGAGACAGAGCGAGUGCUCGAGUGAGCGAGUGCUCGAGUGAGCGAGUGCUCGAGUGAGCGAGUGCUCGAGUGUUAAAUUACUUGCUUUGACUUUCUGCAACUUUCAUUUUCAGGUAGAUCCCUUUCAUACACAAAAAAACACAAAUACACCCAUGAUCUGCAGAUUUCCUCUGUAACACGCCCACAGAAUUGUGCACACACACACACACACACACACACACACACACACACACACACACACACACAGAGUGCCUUGUCCCUGCUGGGUACUGAUCGGACUUACAGUUGGCCCCAACUGCCUUUUCUCUACCACCCUCUCACACACACACACAGACACACUCACACACACUCACCCUGCGCUGUCCCAAGUGCGGAGCCCCCCAUUAGCAGCUGUGGGAUUUGGGGGUGUUUCGACAGUCUGUGUAUCACCAUGUGUAAUGCAUGUGUAUGUUUGUGGCUAAUGUAUACUACAUGAAAGACACUGAAGGGGUGGUCAUAUAGUAAAAUAUAACCUGGCAACCCCCCUUUCUUUCCAACCUCAUCUUCCACCAGGGACAAUGCAGGGUUCAGCAACACACACACACACACACACACACACACACACACACACACACACACACACGGGGCUUCACCAUUAUGGGUCCAAACAGGACACGCCCCCGCUCCACAUCUCCUGCUGCCGCUGCUGCUGUUUCCCAGGGGGACUUCCCCCCACCCUGCCCCGCCCCGUCCCGGCCUUGGUCUAGGUCAGCCCCUCCCUCACCUGUUAGAGAGGGUUACCAUGACAACGCUGUGCCUUUACAUUAGUCAUCAUUGUGUUGCUACAGCCGCUUUCCUUUCAGCUGCAGGUCCCUGAGCCCAGAGAACGAGACGCGUUUAAAAACCUAAAACCUGGACCAGAUCUCAGCCUCACAGCACACCUGAACCCUCCUUUUCUCACCCUCACAGCCAAUUAUCCACAGACAGCAAGAUCUCAGCUGAUCUCAUCAACAAAAUGUUACUUAAAUAUCUUUUUAUAAUCAUAUCUAGGAAAGCUCUUCUGCCACUCUGGCAGAUGUAACUGUACACAACAAAAAAUUGAUGAUGUGCAAUAUUUCACCAAAGAGUGUUACAGUCAUUACGUUAUCCUGAUUACUAUUACAGGGCCUCUGUCUCCCACUCCACUGACAAAGCAGGAUGAAAAUCCAAACCCAAAUGUCUGAGGGUGCAGUUACAAUGGAUGGGGUGCUGACAGGGCAGGGGGUCGCCUGGGAAUGCCACACCCCCUGAUCCUAUUGGUCCUGACAGGCAUGGCCCUGAAAUGGCAGUCCCUCAGUUCUGCCUUCCAAACUGUAUCUACCAACCACAGGCUGUACAUACUCACAGUGUUACUGCUCUCAGCACUCAUCAGUAUUAGAAUUAUCAUUUUAUCUGUACUUCUCCUUUUAUAAUCAUGAUUUCUCUGUGCAACAAAGGACUGUUUUUAUCUUAUGCUGUUGUAAAA